GGCUGCUACAAACGCGUCGUCUCACAUCUCAUCCAUCUAUAAUUAUUACACUUCAUUCAUCUCCUCAAACCACAUCCAUCUCUCUUCUUCAACCUUUUCGUAGUAUCAAUAUUAAACAAACUAACCAUUCGAUGGCAUCUUCAUCGUCGUCUUUUCACUCCACUCCUCCCACCUCUUGGAAAUAUGACGUUUUUCUCAGUUUUAGAGGUACAGACACUCGCUACACCUUUGUGGAUCAUCUUUACACAGCUCUUAUACAACAAGGAAUCGGCACUUUCAAGGAUGACGAAGAACUUCCUCGGGGCGAAACCAUCCGUCCAUCGCUUUUGAAUGCUAUUGAAGACUCAGAGAUUGCUGUCGUUGUAUUCUCUGAAAACUAUGCCCAUUCUUCUUGGUGCUUACAAGAACUUGAACAUAUCAUGAAAUGCAAGGUUGAGAGAGACCUAAUUGUUAUUCCCAUAUUUUAUCACGUUGAUCCCUCGGAAAUCCGAAAUCAAAAAGGGAAAUAUGGAGAAGCAUUUGCCAAACACGAGUCUGAGAGGAGAAACGUUGAAUCCUGGAGAAAGGCAGUUGCGGAUGCAGGGAACCUAUCUGGACAUGUCGCCAAUGGGCUCGAGACAAUAUUCAUCGAAAAUAUUGUUAAAGAAAUUUCAAAAAGAUUGUGUAUGGCAAUUCCAAGUGACAAUCAAGACCUGAUUGGAAUGGAGGAUCGCUUGCAAGAUUUUAAAUCAAAAUUAGCAAUCGAUUCACAAGGUGUGCUGAUGGUUGGAAUAUGGGGGAUUGGUGGUGGUGGUAAGACUACUCUUGCACGUGCUGUUUAUGAUCAAAUCUCCAGCAAGUUCGAUGGUUUYUGCUUUAUGAGUAACGUUCGGGAAGAAUCAWGCAGGCAUGGUUUGAAAGGAUUGCAAGUAGAAAUUCUCUCAUGUGUUUUGAAACAAAAAAAAGAGGAAGUAAUUGGAGAUGUAAGAAGGUUGAUAGAGAGUAAGCUUCGUCGUAAAAAGGUCUUACUGGUUCUUGAUGAUGUCGAUGAUGCUAACCAUCUAGAGGCACUAGCUGGAUCACGUGAUUGGUUUAAUGAAGGAAGCAGAAUUAUAAUCACAACUAGAGAUCGACAUUUACUGAAUACUCACGGAGUAAAUGUGAUAUACGAUAUUAGCUUGUUAAGUCAUGACGAGGCUAUGAAGCUCUUUAGCAAGCGUGCACUUGGGCAUGGUAACCGUGUAGAAGAUUAUGAUAGUCUUUCGAAAGAGGUUGUUUCUUAUGCUCGUGGGCUCCCGUUAGCACUUAAGGUUUUGGGUUCACUUCUUUGUGAUAAAGACAAGAGUGAGUGGGUGAGCGCCUUGGCCAGACUAAAAGAUAUCCCUGAAGAUGACAUAAUGGAAACGCUAAAAAUUAGCUACGAUGGACUUAAAGCCGAGGAGAAAGAGUUGUUCCUAGAUAUUGCAUGUUUUUUUAGGGGAGGCAUGUACUUUAAUGAACGAUGGGAGAUACUCGAAGCUUGUGGUUUUCACCCUAAAAUAGGGGUAAGGGUGCUGAUACAAAAGGCUCUCAUAACUGUGGCAGAAAGAGGAUGGUUUGAUAUGCAUGAUCUGAUACAAGAAAUGGGACACUACAUCGUUCGAGGAAAAAAUCCCCGAAAUCCAGAAAAACACAGCAGGGUUUGGAAGAAGGAGGAUGUUUUAACAAUAUGUGCUACGCCGACUAAAAAUGACAGGAUUGAAGCAAUAAGAACUGAGUAUGGGUGGACGCAAAAGAAGGAAAAGAAUGCGGCUUUUCGUAAUCUUCCUUGUGCUAUUGCAAACAUGAAGGAACUUCGGUGGAUUUAUUUGUACGGAUAUCCAGCAACUUCAUUGCCAGGAAAUUUUCGAUCAACGAACCUAUUUUAUCUAGGGUUGGAAUUGAGCUCGCUAAAGCAACUUUGGAAGGGUUAUAAGCAUCUACCAAAUUUGAAAGUGCUCAACCUCAGUCGUUCCGAAGACCUUAUCAGGACACCAGAUUUUGACGGACUUCCAUGUCUUGAAAGAUUACUACUCAACUAUUGUAACCAGUUAACAGAUGUUCAUCCAUCAAUUGGAUAUCAUGAAAGGCUUAUUUACGUGAAUAUGGAUCAUUGUAUCCGCCUUAAAAAGUUUCCACCCAUCAGAGGGAUGAAAAAGUUGGAGACUCUUAUUCUCUCUUGCUGCAUUCAACUUUGCAUGUUCCCGGAGAUCCAAACGAACAUGGAUAACAUGGUAGAGCUUUAUUUGGACAAUACUGGAAUAAAAGUUGUACCCUCGUCAUUCGUAAAGUAUUGUACCAACCUUCUUUCUCUUCAUUUGAAAUAUUGCAAAACUCUAGAGAGUAUUGAAGGCAACUUCCAUCACUUAAAACAUUUGAAAAAGUUUUCUGUCGCCGGAUGUAAAAAGCUUAAGAUACCAGCAGAAGGCCUCUGUGAUGUAACUUGUUUAGAGGUUCUUGAUUUAAGUUGUAUAUCCUUCAAGAAUCUUCACCCAGGCAUCGUAAGCAUGAAGUUUCUUGGUUUUCCACCUUCCUUAAGAAGGUUGGGUCUUGGCUCGUGCGAUUGGAUAAAUGGAGACUUCUCAUCUGUUUUUUGCGAGUUAUCCAACCUACAAGUAUUAAAUCUACAACAAAAUGAUUUUUCACGAUUGCGUUGCAGCCUCUUGCAACUUUGUAGUCUCAAGGUCCUCAACCUUUCAUAUUGCUCUGACCUUGUAGAAUUACCAGAUCUCCCAUCAAGCAUAGCUGUUCUCCAAGCAUAUGGGUGCAAAAAGCUUAAACUUGUAGAUCUUCCAACAGAUCUUAAAUGGUUGUGGAGAAUCUCACUUCCAAUGAGUUGUAUAUUGGGUGAUGUGGAGAGAAAAGUACAAUCCAUGCUUCAGGGAAAUUCCAUUUAUGAUAACUCCAUCAGUCUCUCUUUCCAUGGUGAUAAAAUUCGAUUAGAAGACUUUGCAAGGAGAAGAUUGAUGUUAGAGCUUCCAAGGAACUGGUACAACGAAUUCAGUGGAUUCUUAAUAUGCGUUAAAGUUGAAGGGAUACCUGGCGAAAUACAUGUAAUUACUAUCGAGGACGUAAUGGGUAGGGAAAAUGAAGAUGUUUUGGAGGUGUCUGAUGGAACUCCCAAGGAGGCUUGGGAUAACAGAUGCAUGUGCUAUAUAUAUGUAUCCUUUGGUUCAUUGAGGCAUACCUUAUGGUGGAAGCGGAAGUCAACACACACUACCAUUUCAUUUUCCAUACAAAAAGGUAGUUACGUAAAAGUCGAACUUGUUCCUAGAAGUAAAGGUGAUCCAAUAGAAAGAGUCAAACAUACAACAAAUUCCUCAGAGUUUUGGGACAGAGAACCUAUUGAGAUCACACAUGAUUCAAAAUCUUGUAUCAAGAUUGACUGGUGUCCUAAUGAUAUGCAAUGUUUGUUAUGUUUUGAAGAUUAUGAUAGUCUUUCGAAUGAGGUCGUUUCUUAUGCUCAUGGGCUCCCGUUAGCACUUAAGGUUUUGGGUUCACUUCUUUGUGACAAAAACAAGAGUGAGUGGGUGAGCGCUUUAGCCAGACUAAAAGAUAUCCCWGAAGAUGACAUAUUGGAAACGCUAAAAAUUAGCUACGAUGGACUUAAAGCCGAGGAGAAAGAGUUGUUCCUAGAUAUUGCAUGUUUUUUUAGGGGAAACACGUGCUUUCAUGAGCGAUGGGUGAUACUCGAAGCUUGUGGUUUUCACCCUCAAAUAGGGGUAAGGGUGCUGAAACAAAAGGCUCUCAUAACUGUGACAAAAGAAGGAUGGUUUGAUAUGCAUGAUCUGAUACAAGAAAUGGGACACUACAUCGUUCGAGGAAAAAACCCCCGAAAUCCAGAAAAACACAGCAGGGUUUGGAAGUGGGAGGAUGUUUUAACAAUAUGUGCUACACCGACUAAAAAUGACCGGAUUGAAGCAAUAAGAACUGAGUUUGUGUGGGAGCAAAGGGAGRAAGAGAAGGCAGCUUUUCGUAAUUUUUCUUGUGUUGUUGCAAACAUGAAGGAACUUCGGUGGAUUUCUUGCUAUGCAUAUCCAGCAACUUCAUUGCCAGGAAAUUUUCAAUCAACGAACMUAUUUUAUCUAGGGUUGGAACAGAGCUCGCUAAAGCAACUUUGGGAGGGUUAUAARCAUUUGCCAAAUUUGAAAGUGCUCAACCUCAGUCGUUCCAAACAACUUAUCACGACACCAGAUUUUGACGGACUUCCAUGUCUUGAAAGAAUAAAACUCGAACAUUGUUUCAAUUUAACAGAUGUUCAUCCAUCAAUUGGAUAUCAUGAAAGGCUUAUUUACGUGAAUAUGAAAUUUUGUACCAACCUUAAAAAGUUUCCCCCCAUCAGAGGGAUGAAAAAGUUGGAGACUCUUAUUCUCUCUUGGUGCCCUCAACUUUGCAUGUUCCCGGAGAUCCAAAUGAACAUGGAUAACUUGAUAGAGCUUUCUUUGAUGAGAACUGGAAUAAAAGUUGUACGCUCGUCAUUYGGAAAGUAUUGUACCAACCUUCUUUCUCUUGAUUUGGGACAUUGCAGAAGUCUAGAGAGUAUUGAAGGCAACUUCUAUCACUUAAAACAUUUGAAAAAGUUUUCUAUCGCUAGAUGUAAAGAGCUUAAGAUACCAGCAGAGGGCCUCUUUGCUGUAACUUGUUGUUUAGAGGUGCUUAAUUUAUUUGGUACAUCCUUCAAGAAUCUUCACCCAGGCAUCGUAAGCAUGAAGUUUCUUGGGUUUCCASCUUCCUUAAGAAGGUUGCGUCUUGGCUUGUGCGAUUGGAUAAAUGGAGACAUCUCAUCUAUUCUUUGCGAGUUAUCCAACAUACAAGUAUUAUAUCUACAACAAAAUGAUUUUUCACGAUUGCGUUGCAGCCUUUUGCAACUUUGUAGUCUCAAGGUYCUCAACMUGUCAUGUUGYUGUGACCUUGUAGAAUUACCAGAUCUCCCAUCAAGCAUAGCUGUUCUCGAAGCAUAUAGGUGCAAAAAUCUUAAACUUGUAGAUCUUCCAACAGAUCUUAAAUGGUUGUGGAGAAUCACACUUCCAAUGAAUUGUAUAUUGGGUGAUGUGGAGAGAAAAGUACAAUCCAUGUUUCAGGGAAGUUCCGUUUAUGAUAACUCCAUCAGUCUCUCUUUCCAUGGUGAUAACAUUCAAUUAGAAGACUUUGCAAGGAGAAGAUUGAUGUUAGAGCUUCCAAGGAACUGGUACAACGAAUUCAGUGGAUUCUUAAUAUGCGUUAACAUGAUGUGUGACGACCUGAGUCAUGUAAUUACUWUCGAGGACGUAAUGGAUAGGGAAAAUGAAGAUUUUUUGGAGGUGUUUGAUGGAACUCCCGAGGAGAUAUGGGUUGAGGAAUACAGGUGCUAUAUAUAUAUAUCCUUCGGUUCAUUGAGGCAUACCUCAUGGUGGAAGUCAACACACACUACCAUUUCAUUUUCCAUACAAAGAGGUAGUUACGUAAAAGUCGAACUUGUUCCUAGAAGUAAAGGUGAUCCAAUAAAAAGAGUCAAACAUACAACAAAUUCCUCAGCGUUUUGGGACACAGAACCUAUUAAGAUCAUACAUGAUUCAAAAUCUUGUAUCAAGAUUACCUGGCGUCCUGAUGAUAUGCCGGACUUGUUCCACGAUUAGAAUGUCUGAUAUUUUUUUUCACUGUUCGUUCCAUUUUGAUAAAAAAAAAAAAAGAAGAAGAUAUUCCUCUUUUUGCUUUGAUUAAUAAUGAAAAUCUCUAACC